GGGGGAGGGAGGGGGAGGGAGGUGAAGAAGGAAAUAUUGAGCGACUAUGAGUGAGGAAAAGGCAAAUCCAAAGGCGCAUCUUGUGUUCGUUCAUGGUGCAUCACAUGGGGCGUGGUGCUGGUACAAGAUCAGAUCUUUUCUGGAGACCGCCGGCUACAGUGCGAUCUGCCUGGACCUCGCCGGUGCCGGAAUCGACCUUACUGAUCCCAAUACUGUUCUCACCUUCGAACAACACAACCGCCCUCUAUUCGAUUUCUUCUCUACUUUGCCGCCCGGCGAAAAGGUGAUAGUGGUAGCACACAGUGCAGCAGGUUCGUCCUUGACAUAUGCUCUUUGCAACUUCACUAACCAGAUUUCCAUGGCAAUCUACGUUGCCGCUGGAAUGGAAAAACCUGGAUCCAUCGAUCACUCUGUUAAUUUAUGGUAUAGAAGGUUGCCGCCACUAACGGAGGUGUUCGACUGCACAUAUGCAUUAGGUGAAGACCAACCCCCAACCAGUAUCAUCAUGAAAAAAGAAUAUCAAAGGGUAUAUUACUACAACUUGAGCCCUUUAGAGGACUCAACAUUAGCCUCCAUGCUGCUACGACCAACACCAGCAAGAGCAUCUUUAAGAGAUUUGGGUGAAUCGAAAGAGGCAGAGCUUGUGCCUCGUGUGUUCAUAAAGACAUUGCAGGACCGAAUCAUUGAUCCGAGCAAGCAAGAUGAGAUGAUAAGAAAGUGGCCUCCUUCUCUGGUCUUCACUUUGGACAGCGAUCACUCUCCUUUUUUCUCUGCACCCGAAGCUCUAUUUAAUUUUCUGCUACAGGUUAUUGCUUCUCUCAAAUCAGCUUAAUUAAAAUUAUAUAAAGACUAUAUCUUGACUGAAUGACUAUAUUAUGUAUGUUAUAAGAAAUUAUAUUAUUAUUA